CAAUCAUCCUCAGCUAACCGGUGCAACAAUGGUCAUCAACUUUGGGGCAGGUCCGGCAAAGUUGCCUCGCGAAGUGCUGUGCGAGGUGCAGAAAGAUUUGGUCGAACAUGGCACGAGCGGUAUGAGCGUGAUGGAGAUGUCCCAUCGAGGUAAUGCAUACGUUGCAUUACACAACGAUACACUGGCACUAGUGAAGGAGCUGCUUGACGUACCGGAUAACUACAAGAUUCUGCUGAUGCAGGGCGGAGGAACGGGAUUGUUUGCUGCCGUUGCGAUGAAUCUAAUGGGCAAAACGGGCAAAGCGGACUACAUCGUCACGGGCAGUUGGUCGUCGAUGGCCGCCAAAGAAGCGGCACGAUAUGGAACCGUUAAUUAUGUAGUACCCAAGCAGGACAAAUACACCGGCAUUCCCGACCCGAAGCAGUGGAAGCUCGAUCCAGAAGCAUCGUACGUCUAUUACUGUGACAAUGAAACAAUUGGAGGCAUUGAGUUUGAUUCGGUGCCAGAAACCAACGGCGUACCGUUGGUAGUCGACAUGUCGUCGAAUAUGCUAUCUCGAAGAGUCGAUGUGAAGAAGUUUGGCGUUAUAUUUGCCUGUGCACAGAAGAACAUCGGCCCAUCCGGCAUUACGCUAGUACUCGUGCGGGAAGAUCUAAUUGGCCAAGCAAUGCCAAUCACUCCAACCAUUUUCGAUUUCUCCAUCAUUGCUAAAGCAAAUUCAAUUAGUAACACGCCGCCUACAUUUAUCAUCUAUGUGAUGGGACGUGUAUUUGCUUGGAUCAAGCGUAACGGCGGAGUUGAUGAAAUGUACCGCCAGUCGAUGGUAAAAUCUGACCUGAUAUACGACGUGAUUGCCAAGUCCAACGGGUUCUAUUACUGCCCGGUCGAUAAAAAAGUGCGCAGCCGGAUGAACGUACCCUUCCGCAUCGGUGGUGCGACUGGAGACGAAGAGCUGGAAAAACAAUUCCUUAAAGGUGCCGAAGCGCUAGGCAUGCAGCAGCUAAAAGGUCACCGAUCGGUCGGCGGUAUACGUGCGUCCCUGUACAACGCGGUAACGGUCGAGGAAGCGACGGCUUUGCAACAGUACAUGCUGGAGUUUUUGAAGAAACACCAGAAAUCUUAAAA